AUGGUGGUAGAUACUACAUACUAUGAUGCCCUGGGGGUACCUCCCACGGCCACUCUGCUUGAGAUCAAGAAGGCAUACAGGAAACUAGCCAUCACAACCCAUCCAGACAAGAAUCCCGGUGACGAAACAGCACAUACCAGAUUUCAAGCUAUCGGAGAAGCCUACCAAGUCUUGAGCGAUGAGACUCUACGAAAACAAUAUGAUAAGUUUGGAAAGGAUAAGGCGGUGCCCGGUGGUGGAUUUGAGGACCCUGCGGAGCUGUUUAGCAUGAUAUUCGGUGGAGAAGCCUUCGUCGACUGGAUAGGCGAGAUAUCACUAAUGAAGGACCUCACCAAGACAAUGGAUAUAACCAUGCAACAAAUGGAGGAAGAUGAAGAGCUCUCAAAGGAGACAGAUGCCAAACUCAACGUGAAAGACCCGGCGAAGUCGCAGUCUGGCGAAAAGCCCACCACUGCUACUCCAGCUGCUACCGUUGCCGAUGAUGAGGAAGCUAAGAAAGAGGGAACUGCUGGAGCUACUAGUGAAGCUGCUUCCGGAACCAGCACUCCUAGACGGAACUGGGGCCAACAAGCGAUCAUGGAUAAAUCCGAGGAGGAAGCUAGGAUGCAAGCUGAAGGUCUCUCGCAGGAGGAGAAAGAACUACGAAAAAAGGAGAAGAAGAAGGGUCUCUCCAAGGAACAACGGGAACAACUGGCUGCAUUUGAGCUGGAGAGGAAGAAACAGCGUGAAGAACGAGUCAACACCCUUGCGCGCAAACUGGUAGAUCGACUCAGCGUCUGGACCGAGACUGACAAGGGGCCCGAUGUCACUACUGCUUUCCAGGAGAAGAUCAGACUCGAGGUCGAGAACCUGAAGAUGGAAUCCUUCGGUCUGGAAAUCCUACAUGCCAUCGGAAGCACAUAUCACUCCAAGGGAACGUCUUUCCUCAAGUCACAAAAAUUCCUCGGCAUAUCUGGAUUCUUCUCGAGGCUAAAGGAUAAGGGUAACCUAGCCAGGGAGACGUGGACUACCAUCUCGACUGCACUAGACGCACAAAUGACGAUGGAGGAGAUGGCUAAGCUGGAAGAAAAGGGUGGUGAGGAUUGGACCGACGAGAAAAAGGCAGAGUACGAGAAGAAAGUCACUGGAAAGAUCCUUGCUGCCGCUUGGAGAGGAAGCAAGUUCGAGAUCCAGAGUGUCUUGCGUGAAGUCUGCGAUCAGAUAUUGAACGAUAAGGCUAUCCGCCUGGAGAAGCGGGUAGAGCGUGCCCAGGCUCUUGUUGUCAUUGGGAAAUACUUCCAGCAGGCUGAACGUGACCCUAACGAGGAAGGAGAAUAUAUGGCAUUUGAAGAGCUAAUGGCCGACAGCAUGGCGAAGAAAGAUGAUAAGAAAAAAUCGGCAGCCUCAGCAACGGCGGCAAAACAGUCUACACCAAACCCCAGCAGCACUUAG